CAGUGGUGCACAGUGCAAGCGGUGAAGAAGUGGCAGACUUUGAUCUCUCAAUGGAGCCUACAAUGGAGGGGGACGACUACUACGACUAUAACAACGAGACGGUCACGGUCUAUGGAGACCUGCUCGAUCUGGUAGAGGAAUGCCUCUCCACAUACCUCCCCUACUCUGACAUCUAUCUCCCCUCGCUCUACUUUCUCAUAUUCUUCGCCGGCGUCUUGGGAAACCUGUUUGUGAUUGUGGUCAUAUGCGGCAAGCGCAAGGGCGGGCGGCUGGUGGACACCUUCGUGGUCAACCUGGCGCUGGCGGACCUGGUGUUCGUCUGCACGCUGCCUCUGUGGGCCGUGUCGGCCUCGCGGGGGCACCGCUGGGACUUUGGCGAUGCCCUCUGCAAGCUCAGCAGCUACAUCAUCGCCGUCAACCGCUUCUCCAACAUCUUCUUCCUCACCUGCAUGAGCGUGGACCGCUACCUGGCGGUGGUGCGCAUGCUGGACUCGCGCUUCCUGCGGAGCAGCCGCUGCGUGCGGCUCACCUGCGGGGCGGUGUGGGUGCUCUCCUUCGCCCUGGGCACCCCCUCGCUGGUGUUCCGCGGCGCGGUGAGCCAGGGGGGCAACGACACGCUCUGCCUGGAGGAUAGCGUCGACCCCAUCUUCCAGAGCCUGAGCUUGGCCUCCCUCUUCCUGGCCUUCAUCAUCCCGGUGCUGGUCAUUGUGUUCUGCUACGGCUCCAUCCUGGCCCAGCUGCGGCGCCCCAGCGGCCUGGCCAACCCCCGUGGCGAGGUCAGGCGCCGCCACUCCCUAAAGAUCGUCUUCACCAUCAUCGCCGCCUUCGUGGUCUCCUGGCUCCCCUUCAACAUCUUCAAGACCAUUCUAACCGGCUCCAGGCUGCGGGGCGUUGGCCUCUCCUGCGGGGAGGAGUCGCUCCUGGCCCGGGGGCUCAUCCUGUCCUCCUGCUUGGCCUUCUUCAACAGCUGCGCCAACCCUGCCAUCUACCUGUUCCUGGACCACCACUUCAGGCACCGUGCCUACGCAGUCUGCCUGGGGUGUGUGGGACGGCGAGGGCCUCUCCGGGCGCGCGUUGCCUCCACUUCCUUCUCCUUUGGAACCUCUGACAGCUUCUCUGGAUCGGCCACCACCCGCGGCCGCCUCUUCUCCAUCACGCAGAAAACCUGAAAUGUGCACCUCCCACCCCCAACUCCCCGCGGAUGCCACAUCUGCC